CGUGUUCGUUUCGCUGCAUCAAAUAACAUUCAGUAAAUAAUAUGAACCGCUGGCUAAAUCGCGUUGCCGUUGUAACUGGUGCCAGUUCCGGAAUUGGGGCAGCCUGCUGCAAAGGUCUGGUGUCCAAAGGAAUGAUCGUCGUUGGAUUGGCGCGACGUGAGCAUCGCUUGCAGGAGCUAAAGUCGUCUCUGCCCGGUGAUCAAGGGGCGCGUUUUCAUGGCCGUCAGUGCGAUGUCAGUGUGGAGCAGCAGGUGAUUGAUGCCUUUGUUUGGAUCGAGCAGACUUUGGGCGGGGCCGACGUACUGAUUAACAAUGCCGGCAUAGUGCGACGCACCAACAUCACCGAUGAGGGCAACUCGGAAGCUCUGCGCGCCAUAUUGGAUACAAACGUGCUGGGCGUUUCCUGGUGUACACGAGAAGUCUUUCUGUCGCUUCAGCGGCGAAAAGUGAACGAUGGCCAUGUGGUGCUCAUCAAUAGCCUGGCCGGGCAUAUAGUGCCAAUGGUGGCUGGGAUUCAAUUCAAUAUGUAUGCGCCUUCGAAACAUGCCAUAACUGCCUUAACCGAAGUCCUGCGACAGGAGUUCCUCAACAAAGGGACCAAGAUAAAGAUUACUAGCGUCAGUCCCGGCGUUGUGGACACCGAAAUCUUCGACAAGAAUUCCGCGGAGCUGGCCAACUCCAUGCCAAUGCUGCGUGCAGAGGACGUGGCCGAUGCAGUGACCUAUUGCAUCCAAACACCGCCUAAUGUGCAGAUUCAUGAGCUCACUAUCAAGCCCGUGGGUGAACGAUUCUAAGAUUUUCAAUGUUUGUCAAGAAUAAAAUAUUCUUAUCUACAAUUAAAAUUACCCUGCAAUUCAAAU